GAUGCACCUGACGUGUUGGCAGCCCAGGCAGCAGCAGGCAGGCUGUGGCAGGCCGAUUUCUGAGUUUUGUUGUGUGAAGUUUCCGAAGUUGUGAGUGAAGUCGGGAGAAGUUGCGAUUUGGCAGUUACAAUAGCAUCAGCGGAACCACUUAAUGAUCAAAUCUGGUCAGUUUUGCAGUUUUUUCAAAUGGGAAAAAGCAACGUUUCCACCCGAGUAACACCGUGAAGAAAGCUCGCCUACAGGUCCACAUGUUGCAAGUGAUGGAAAUUUUGUUCCGAGGAUGAACUUUGGUUGACAUACCAUGGGGAACAUUGAAACCCACGAAGGGGGUGGUCCCCCUCCGGACCUCACCAAACGAGACCUCGACCUCAGCGUCAAAGUAGACGACAGGUCCUUCCACAAGCACAUCAGCGGAGACCACUCGGAACAUGCGAUCACCGAGUUACCCUGGGGCCUGAGAGACGCGGUGACACUCUACGAAAGCCUCAACGUCUCCUUCAACGAAUUGACGACGAUUCCUCCAGAGAUCGCCUUCAGGAUACCCCACCUCCGAUUUCUGGACCUGAGCUACAACCGUCUGACAUCACUGCCAACGAGUCUUGGCUUCCUGUUCCACCUCGAAGAGCUCCUGCUGUCUUCAAACCAACUGACCUCGAUCCCAGACACGGUCAUACACCUCAAGGCCUUGCAAAAACUUGACCUGUCUCACAACCUCCUAAAAGACAUCCCCGAUGCACUAGGCAAGAUUCCCGCCUUGACGAAACUUAACGUGAGCCACAACCAACUUGCGUCCUUACCGAAGUCGUUGGGGAAAGCCGCUAGCCUCACAACUUUGCUGGCAGGCGGGAACGCCGAGAUAACGAGCCCACCGCUUGAGAUCUGCGAAAGUGGUUCGGACGCAGUGCUGAAAUACCUGCGCGAAUCGGUUGCGAUGCAAGUGCCGCGGACUUAUGUGGCGACCGCCGGGCAGAACAAGUUCCCACGUGUCAGGGGUAACCAGGUGGCUACGUCGGUGCCGAACCUCCACUCUGCGCAAGCCCAGUAUCUGCAGAUACAGACGGAUACGGUCAAUACGGCAAGCCGAAUUAAGACCCCCCUGCUGCCACCUAUCGGUGCUACCAAGCUGGACCCCAGUGUGCUCACUGAUAGGAUCACGGGCCUCCUGUACGGAGCUGCCAUCGGGGAUGCUCUGGGCGUCGCGACGGAGUUCAUGAGCGUGGAUGAAUGCGCCUUCUACUACGACCGGGAGAGCCUUGAGUACGCCUGCAUCAGGCGGGACGAGCACAGGGUGCGCUGGAAGCAGGGCGACUGGACCUGCAAUGCGGACCAGAUGUUCCUGGUGCUGGACUCCCUCCUUCGGUGGGCCGGAGUGGUGGAUGAACUGGACUUCGCCAAGCGCCUCCUCUCCUGGAAGAGGUCUGGCUUUCCGGAACUCGGAGACCUGGAGGGAUUCCUGCUUUCGGACCUCACCAAACUCGUAUUGCAAGAGGAUGGGUACACGAGUGCACCCCACCAGGUGGCCCUACAGGUGUUUCAGAGGAGCCAGCCUGGCACGUGCAACAACGGACUUGCCAAGGGUGGUGAGACAGGCGCAUCGGCCCUGGUAGACAAUGGAUCACUGACCAGAGCCAUCGUUCUGGGUAUUCCCGUGUUCCACAACCUUCCCGAGGUAUCCUCCAAUUCCCUGAGGAUCUGCCUGGCCACACAUCCGGAGGAGCAGUGCAGGGCUGCUUCGGUCGCCAUCUCCACAACCCUUGCAACCAUCUUGCAGGUAAGGAGCACAAGGUUUGGAAGCAAGAGUUCUCAUCUUCACGAGCAAUCUGGUCCUCGUUUUUUUCAUUUCCAAAAGGGCCGGCACGAUCUCUACAGCAAACGAGAUGUGAAGAGCCUGGUGGAAAUCGUGCGUAGUCAGUCUGAGAAACAACUGACGAGCGAAAGCAACCUCAAAAGCUUUAAGGACUGUUUCGAAGCAGAAAGCUUUGAAGAACUGAAGCUGAAUGACUCGCUCACAAGUAGCCACCCUUUCAAGGCUCUGGCUGCAAGCAUCACUGCCCUGAAACAGUGCACGGAUUACCGGAGCACCCUCAGCCAGCUGGCCAUGCAAGGUGGCCAUAGCAGCGUCAACUGCUGCCUGGCUGGUGCCUUUCUGGGUUGCAGGGAUGGCUUCUCUGCAUUGCCAAACUCCUGGGUGCAGGGCUUGCUUCCCAAACAGAGGCAGUGGCUCAACGAGCGUGCAAACAGCCUCCUCGACAAGAUGGGACUGCCGUGAGAGGGGGCAUUUGCAACACAACUUUCAAGCUUUUUACUGCUUCAGAAAGUUUGCCGCUCCUAUUCUUUCAGAAUGGACUUCAGGAAGUGAACGUGUUCUCCAACACCAAUAGGAAUCUUUUUUUUUUGUGUGGGGGAGGGGGGGGAAGCGGGAGUGGGGGGGGGGGGGGGGGGGGGGGGAGCGGGGGAGCCCUUAAUCACAGGAGAAGGGGGCUGGAUAAUUUGAUGGUUUUGGGUUUUGGGGAAGGGGGGGGGGGAGGGAGAGUAGGCUGGACCCCUAAACCUCCCCUCCAGAGCCGUAUAUAGAGAGAGAGAUAGAAGGCUUGACUUGGCUCUUUUGGCCAGCCGGAAGUCGAAAAUAAUCUCCUAAAGGUAGGAGCGAGAAACACUUUAAUUAAUGCGUAGGAGUUUAAUAGAGUAACUCUUUAUGGUUGAAAACAUAGUGCACGCGAUGUUUCGAUUAUGAUCAUGCAAAAAGGUGUAAGAAUCGAAUGUGCUGCUCAAACUUUGUUUUGCUUGAACGGAGUCUGACCGCUUGGACAUGGCUCAGUCGGCAUAUUCCCGGCCAUCGGCGCCUGGCGUACAGAUCACGUUGAUCGUUCUCUUGGAUUUUGAUUUUGCAUGACCGUAAUUAAAAAAAUCACGGGCACCAUAUUUUCAGUCACCGAAAGUUACUCCGACACACUUAUUAAAUUUUGUUUCUCGUGACCACCACCAUUCGCGGCUUCUGGCUGGCCACGUUCGAAUCUGCGGAGACACCCUGGAACACGCCCAACUUGCUUUCGGCCAAUGGUGUCUCCCCAUUUGCCUCCUAUAUUUAUCUAUGAAUGGCCAAACUCUCUCUAUAUACGGCUCUGCCCUUCUCUGCUGUUUUUCCAUUGUCGACUGCUCAUUCCAGGGUUUCCAGUUUUUCUGGCUAUGUCCCGUUCCAAUUGAAAACGAAUUGCGAGGUUCAUUGUUUUGCACAGCAAAAACAGUGACUCCAAACACAAUAACUAGGACACUUGCGUGCAUAUUUGAAUAUGAAGUGUCCAAGCUAAAGAGCUGCCCGUCAUGAGACGUGUGAUGCACCACAGGUGCUCUACAAGCUUGUUCCAACUCUGUUUUAUUUCAGCAAUGUUUGGAGGUGGGCUAGUCAGUGGUGCAUAGUAAACAUAUAAUUAAAACAGCACAAACAAACACAAGGACAAGUAGAAGAAGGGACACAGACACAGCGCUGACUCGCGACUUACUCUCUUUUUCGUCUUCUUAAAACACAUCAACUUUGUCUUCUUAUGUUAAUGUGUUUUAAGAAGACGAAAAAGAG